GGGUACGCGCUAGUAGCAUUUCAAUCAGUUACGUCACUUGCUCUGAGACUUAAGUAGUGUUGCCCCUUGCUCUGCAAGGGCCGCGGCUUUUGUGGAGCGAUGGGUAACGAUGCUUCGUGGUUGACUGUUGUUGAUGUGUGCAGAGGGUCCCUGGUUCGCGCCCGUGUCGGGGCGAGGGGACGACGUAAAGUUAUACUGUUACACAAACAUUACAAUGUGGGAAUUGUAAAGGAUAUGGUCACGUGUCAAAUGUAUGCAGACGGGAGAAGUAUAGUAUUGAAGAAUCUGUCAAUGGGAAAACAUUGCAACUGUAGUUGGGAUCACACUCUGGACUUCCUCUGCGUAUCCUGUUAGGGUGAAGGAGGUUGAGGUGUCAAGGAUCAGGGCUAUGCAGCAGGUCUCUUAUGUGGAGGCGGUGAAGAGAGUCGAAGGAGCAAGAGACAAUAGUGUUGAAGAUAUGGUGGUGGAUGCCAUGCAACCAGUUGUUUUAAGUCAAUCGGGUGAUCUGGACUCACUCAUUGUGAAGUGUAUCCACAGUGAUUAAUUGUACAGCACAAUUGUCAAAGAAGUCCAAGAAGCUGGACAUGAUUUAUAUCUGCAGCCGAGAAGUUUUUGGGGCUCCAAGACUAAACUGCAGAAUCACUGCACGGACUAUUGUUACUAGGUUCAAAGCAGCUGUUGUGAAGGAAUGCAUUCGUGAUAUCCUGAGAGAACAACUGUCUGGGGUGCAGUAUGAUCCGGAUGAGGUCGGCGUUCUGUCCCGUUCAUUAGCAGAUUGCAUAAAGGACAAACUGAAGGAUGUGGGCUUUGACCGAUACAAGCUGGUGGUACAAGUGGUAAUUGGAGAGCAGCGAGGAGAAGGUGUCAAGAUGGCUGCCAGGUGUUUCUGGGAUGCUGACACAGACAGCUACGCUCAGGACAUUUUCAUGAAUUUUGUUCUGUGUGGCGGCUGCUUUUGGCAGUUAUUUCUACUGAGGACAAAAGAAGAUGGGAAAAUUUUGCAAUGGCUUUGCUAUUUUAAAAGCACUUUUGCAGUCAUGACUUCAGUAAUUGCAUAAUUACUUUGACACAAGAACUUUAAAAUGAGAGUGCUCCACAUAAGAUGUCCACAAAGACAGGAAAAGGUCCACAAAGCAUCUCCGAGUAGAAGUGAUGAUCCAGGAUCAGUUUAACCUUUUUUUUAGAUCAUAGUGAAUAGGAUUACAUGGACAGAUCCUAGAUCAGAACUUCUACACUGAGAUGCUUUGUGGAUUCGAGUCUAGAACUGGCCCUUCCCCCGGAGAAGAUGCACUGUGCAAUCUCUGUUGUGUUUUUUUUGUAAGUAGCAGCAAAUUACAGUUAAAUACCCCGACAGAGGACUGUGGCCAUGCUUCACUGCAGAGGACAACAAGACUGUUUUAUUGUUUUAUUCAUACUGUUUUAUUCAUACUAAUGUCAGGUCAACCUUAGAAUAAAACAUGCAUAACCUACACACAGACUGUAGCUGUAACAUGGUGUUAAAUUCUGUCUGCCAAUGUUUUCUUUCUAAUGCGUGUCAUUUUACAUCACCCUUAUUGCUAUUUGUAUACAAGAUUAGUUUAUUAAAUGUAAUUCAUUUCAAAUA